AGUGCAAAAAUAAUAUCUGUGUAAGAUAUACAGUUAAAAAUCAGGAAUAGCGAUAGUAAAACGGUUUUAUUAUUAGUGAAUGGUGAUAAUAAUGUUGUUGUGUUGUGUGUAUAUUUUACGCAGAUACGAUUGUUUUUAGUGAUUAUGAACAUGGAUACAAAAUAUACAAAUUCAUUGCCAUCGGAAGCUGAGAUAAUGCCGAACACUCCGGUGGCGCCUGGGUUCCAAUGGGACAAGCUGUCACCCGCAGAGUUUCAGCAGCUUCAAGAGCUCGCCUCUUAUUCAACGAAAAAGCUGCAAGAUGUCCUCAAUGAGUUUUGCGAGGUCAAGAAACAAAGUCCAGAUGGGGACAUCGACUUCGAAGGCUUCCGCUGGUUUCUGGAUAACUUCCUCGAGUGCUCAGCUCCAGAUGAACUCUCCAGGCACUUAUUCCUGUCCUUCGUCCGUCGCGACCGUCGGCCGGCGCUGCGCGAAAUGGCGGCCGCUAGUUCCGCUGCCGCCUGCGCAGCUGUUACUGCGCAUGGGGACCAUCAGACGAAGCACACGCUGGCCUCGAAGAUCCAUGGGCUAGCUGAACGGCUUCAGCAGCUCGGCAAGGGUUCUGGGGACUCUGUCGACGGCAGUGACAAGGGAUCAAGAAGUCGAACUGGGAGCGUCCACCCCAUGUUCACCGUGACUACUCACCCCUCGUAUUCCUCCCAUGAGCUGUGCCUGGGUCGUACGGAGACCAGCCCCAGUCAUAGCCAGAUGUCGAGAAAUUCCAGCAGGAAGAGCAGUAACUCCUUGAGGGUUAACCAGUCCACCAAGAUAGAAGAUUUCAAGCACCUCAUGCGACGGUCUUCCACGCUUGAAGUCCACACCGCCAGGGUCUCGUUGAAGGACAUCGUCUGCUACCUAUCCCUGCUGGAAGCUGGUAGACCUGAGGAUAAGCUGGAGUUCAUGUUCCGCCUAUACGACACCGAUGGCAACGGAGUCCUGGACACCAACGAGAUGGACUGCAUCGUCAACCAGAUGAUGACUGUAGCUGACUACUUGGGCUGGGAAACUUCGGAACUUAAACCGAUUCUACAAGACAUGAUGGUGGAAAUAGACUAUGACGCUGAUGGAACCGUGUCCCUGGAUGAGUGGAAAAGAGGAGGGAUGACAACCAUUCCACUCCUGGUGCUACUAGGUCUCGACACCAACGUGAAGGAGGACGGUGAACAUGCUUGGAGACUGAAGCACUUCAGCAGACCAGCGUAUUGUAACCUGUGCCACAACAUGCUCGUGGGACUUGGGAAGAAGGGACUGUGUUGUAUAUUCUGCAAGUAUACGGUUCACGAGCGGUGUGUGCAGCGCGCGCCAGCUUCCUGCAUAGCAACGUACUCAAAAUCGAGAAGGGCCUCCGCCACUCUGGCGCAUCAUUGGGUUGAAGGAAACUGCCACGGCAAAUGCGCUCGGUGUCGAAAGAAGAUCAAAGGAUACAACGGGAUCACUGGGUUACACUGCCGCUGGUGUCAUAUAACGCUCCACAACCGCUGCGUAGCCAACAACGCUGGAGGAACAUGUUCCCUGGGGCGCCAUUCUCGUCACAUCCUGCCCCCGACUGCCAUCCGUCCUCUAGUACUCGACCGACAACGGUCGUUACCUCACCGUCCACACCACGACCAGCAAACCCUCCCAACUUCCAUCUCCCUCCCGAUCUCCAUCUCAGCCCCCCCAGAAGAAAAGAAAGAAGAUAGGAAGGAACACCGAGCGCCCCCCAUCUCCUUCCAGAUCACGCCCCCCGAUGGGAGCUGCCCCCUCCUCGUGUUUAUUAAUCCGAAGUCGGGGGGGCGCCAGGGGUCCAGAGUUUUGAGGAAGCUGCAGUAUAUUCUUAAUCCGCGACAGGUGCAUGAUAUUGCGAAGGGCGGACCCAUGCAAGGUCUCCAGAUGUUCAAAGACGCGAAAAACUACAGGGUGAUAUGCUGCGGUGGGGAUGGAACUGUAGGCUGGGUGCUGGAAACCAUGGAUAAAGUGCAAAUGGAAACGCAGCCAGCAGUGGGAGUAAUCCCGCUCGGGACGGGAAAUGAUCUGGCUCGCUGCUUACGGUGGGGGGGCGGGUAUGAAGGAGAGUCCAUCCACAAGAUAUUGGAUAAAAUAUCGCGCGCAAGCACGGUCAUGAUGGACCGGUGGCAGAUCGACGUUGAAAACACUAGCGAAGAGCAACGUGAGCCAUCGGAACAGCCAGAAAUGCCAACGUCGGCUCCGCACCCUACGUCUGUGCCAUACAAUAUCAUCAAUAAUUAUUUUUCUAUCGGUGUUGACGCAGCGAUUUGCGUGAAGUUCCACACGGAGCGCGAACGCAACCCGGACAAGUUCAGCUCCCGGAUGAAGAACAAGCUGUGGUACUUCGAGUUCGCUACGUCAGAGCAGUUUGCGGCAAGCUGCAAGAAUCUACAUGAGCAUAUUGAUAUUGUGUGUGAUGGACAAUCCCUAGAGCUGGGCAAAGGCCCCGCGCUGCAGGGGGUGGCAUUGCUGAACAUCCCCUACGCGCACGGGGGCUCGAACCUGUGGGGGGCGAGUGGGGUGCAUCGGAAAGGCCGCUUUCCUAACGCACAACAAGAUAUCGGUGAUAAGCUGAUAGAAGUGAUCGGCCUAGAAAACUGUCUUCACAUGGGGCAGGUUAGGACAGGGCUUCGCGCCUCCGGUCGUCGCCUAGCACAGUGUAGCUCUAUUGAGAUGACCACGAAGAAGACUUUCCCGAUGCAAAUCGACGGUGAGCCAUGGAUGCAACCGCCUUGCAAGAUUACAAUAACCCACAAGAACCAAGUACCAAUGUUGAUGGGGCCAGCGCCGGAGAAAGGGAGGGGAUUCUUCAAGCUCUUCACACAUUGCUAACCGUCUCUUUCACUCAUUCCAAGUUUAGAAGAACUAUACGUAGGUACAUAAUAUUAGGUGUUUAGUUAUCUCGGGAUAUUUAAUGUAAAAUUGUACAUUGC